AUUGAGGAGUUUGAGGCGGAGGCGGAGGCGGCGGCCACCGCCAAGAAGGGCAAGAAGCCGGCACCGCGGGUGGUGCACAUGGAGGAGUCGAUUGCGCGGCACCGCCAGCACAUCAUGCGCCUGGAGCAGCUGCUGCGCCUGUUGGACAACGACGCGGUGCAGGCCGAGGAUGUGGAGGGUGUGAAGGACCUGGUGGAUGACUACCUGGACCGCAACCAGGACGACUUUGACGAGUUUGCAGCGCCAGACGACCUGUACGAGGAGCUGAUCGAGCAGCUGGACGGCAUGAGCGACGCCGUGGUGGCUGCCCCGCCCUCCCACUCCAAGGUUGCUCGCGACAAGGAGGCCAAGCAGGAGAAGGAGCGGGAGGAGCGGGAGCGGGAGCGGCAGAAGGCGGCGGCGGCGGCCGUCAAGGCGCAGCUGGCGGCUCAGGGCAACACGCGGCUGGCG